AUGUGUCGCCUUCACAGGUCAUGUGAUUGCCAAACGGUCAGUGAUACUGGGUGGAGGCUCUAUACCAACCCUACAUUGCGACCAAAAGGAAAUGCAGACUGCAAGGAAUUAUACAACAGCGGAAAAUUAGACUCCGGUGUAUACACUAUUUACCCUUGGGAGAGGUUUGACCCUAAUUGCCGUCCUGUCCAGGUCUACUGUGAUAUGGAGACAGAGGGAGGAGGGUGGACGGCAAUACAAAGACGAGUUAAUGGAGAAGAAAGCUUUAAUCGUAGUUGGGCGGAGUACAAAUUUGGAUUUGGAUCACCUCAUGAGGACCACUGGAUUGGAAACGAUGUUAUACACCAGUUAACAAAGGACCGGAACUCGUCUCUUUACAUUACGAUAACGUCAAGCUACAACGGAAUGGUUUCCUUCAUCAUGUAUAAUCAGUUUUCAAUUGAUGGCGAAGAACAGAAAUAUACUCUGAGAGUUGCAGAUCCUGGUAACGGAAGUCUCGAUGAUGGCUUGCUAUCGGUUACAAAUUCACCGUCUUCAGGAAUGAAUUUUUCUACAAUUGAUAACGACAAUGAUGCUAUUGGUAGUCACUGUGCAGAGCUAUUUGCAGGAGCAUGGUGGUUCAAAUUCAGUCCUACUACAUUUCUUAAUGGUCCUUGGAGCCUACAUCACUGGACAAAUCCUUGGUUUCCACAAUAUAAGAAAGGAGAGGACGUAAAUGGAACUUCAAUGUUGAUAAGGCCACAUUUGUAACUGAAAAUCAGAGAAAAAUUAGGAAAGACGCCAAAUAUGAUAUUUUAUUUAUCCAUAAUAACAACAAUUAUAUCAAAUGAUAAUUAACACACCAAGAUAUUUGUGAGCCAAUACUCACUAGUGAUAGCCCCUCUCUGAUAUGAAUAUACAAAUAUCAAGGACAUACAUGUAACUUACCCGGAUAAUAUAAAGUUCUCCAACAUUACUGAAGAUCAGAGAUCGUUAUCAGGCAGUUCACACUGAAUUUGUUUUUUAAAAAAUAACCAUAUGGAAUGUCUCAACAAAACCUGUGUUAAAUUUUCAAGCAUCUGUGAUUGAAAAUACGUUGCUAGGAAACCUGUAACGAAAAUUUCUUCGACAAUUUGGGCUAAAAAUAAACAAAAUCGGGAUUUAAUAGGAAGUUCUCGUCUAAGAGGUACAAACAUAAUUUAACCAUACGGUACACCCACACUAAAAGUGUGUUAAAAUUCCAAGCAUAUGUGAUUAAUAACGUGCAAAGCGAGCAACGAGAACCAGUGCGCGGGAAAAAGAGCUAACGACUUAAACCUAAAGAUUCAGCAAGAAAACUAAUUGGCAGCAUCUCAUCAUGCCUUCUAGUUUACGCAUUACAACAAGAGAGAUGUCAAGUGAUAUAUCACAAUCCAAUCAUUCCUUUAAAAAGAAUACUUGCUGUUAACUUGUACCAGAGUUUUAUGAAAAUCCAUGCGUAAAAAGCCCAAUGAGCUUCUAACCAACUUAAAUGAUUAGUGAAGAAAAUGAAGAAAUCCAAUUUGUAUGUACAAACACUUUAUUGAAAUUUUAUAAGUUAAUUUGACAUUCAAAUGUAAAUAAUGUUUAAAGUGUUCUUUUUCUGUCAUUAUGAAUCAUAGCGCUAUGCUCAUCAACUUUCGGAACGUCUGAUUUGUUUACAUAAAGGACUGCUUUAAAUCAUUGUAAAAAUGCCUUUAACCGUAGGUUGGGUUUUGGUUUGUUUUUACGGCCAAAUUUUUUUUUUGUUAAAUUGUAUCAUCGAUUUAUUAAAUUCAAUGCGUAAAUAUACCUAAUGAGCUUCUUAUAAACUUAUAUAAAUUACUAAAUGAU